CGGAUGGUUGUUUGUGUGUCUGUUUUAUUUCCUGAAGCAGUUCAAUAGUAAAACCAGAGAUGGCUUCACGGUCAACUCCAAGGUGCCGAGCAUGAAGGAUCUUGGGAAAGAGUACGACGGUUUUACCAUCACCAUCACUGGAGACCGGGUGGGCAACAUGUUGUUCUCAGUAGAGACGCAGACGACAGAGGAGCGGACGCAGCAGUACCAGUCAGAGAUCGAGUCCAUCUACAAAGACCUCACCGCUAAAGGGAAGGCCUUAAUGCUGUCCACAGAACUCGGGGAUGCAGAUGCCGUGUGUAACCUGAUCCUCUCCCUGGUUUAUUACUUCUGUAAUCUCAUGCCCCUCUCCAGAGGAUCCAGGUAAUUCAACAUGGAAACAGCCUGCAGUCUUAAGAUUUUCAAAAGGUUCAACUAUUGUGCAACUAACGCCUCGUACACACGGUUCCGUCACGUUGAAGCUUGCCGGUGGGCGACCAACAACCAAUCACAUUCAUCUCC